GUUGAGCAACCGCCCGUUUCUGACAGCACGUUACCACGGUGAUACAUGGAGAUGAAACGCAUGAGAACUAUGAGGCAACGCUAUGCUCUGAAACAUGGGAUACUCAAGGAGUUCCUGGCUGAGUUCUUGGGGACAUUUAUCUUGGUUGUAAGUAAUUCUGGCUUCAUAUUCAAUAUGUGUUUUUGGUGAGAAAUUGCCUUUCAUGGACUACCUAUUUAACCCCUCAAUAUGACUGAUCUUAUUGAACAAUUACAUUUUAAAAUACAUGCUGUUUCUUAUGAUUCAAUUAGGUUUAGGGUUAAAUUGGGUCAGGAUUAUGAUUAAAUCAGGGUUAGGGUUGAGGUUAUGAUUAAAUUAUGUUUAGGGUUAUGAAAAAUGAUGGUUAGGGUUAUGAAUAAUUUAGGAUCAGGGUUAUGAAUACAUUUGGGUUAUGAUUAAAUUAGGGUUAGGGUUGUAAUUAAAUUAGGGUUAGGGUUAUGAAUAAAUUAUGGUUAGGGUUAUGAUUAAAUGAGGGUUAGGGUUAUUAAUAAAUUAGGGUUAGGGUUGUGAAUACAUUAGGGUUAGUGUUAUGAAUACAUGAGGGUUAGGGUUAUGAAUAAAUGAGGGUUAGGGUUAGUAAAAUGUAGUGAAGUAAGUAAAGUGUAAUCAGAAUGAAUUCUAAUUCUUACUAACUAAAUGUAACUGAUAGUGCUGUUACUGAAUGGGAUUCAUGUAUAUUUGCUUGGACUAACUCUUCCUCCCCCUCAUCAUCUCUGUGUUUAGUUGUUUGGCGUCGGGUCUGUUGCUCAGACGGUCCUGAGUCGUAAUGCGAUGGGGGAGACGCUCACCAUCCACAUAGGCUUCUCUGUAGGACUGAUGAUGGCAGUGUACGUUGCCGGAGGAGUGUCAGGUAAAUACGAUAUCACACUAUACAAUACCACUCCAAUUGCGUGCGUUAAAUUAUUAUUAUUUUUUUUAAUGCCUGUGCUGCAGCAACAUACAUGUGACAGACUCUCUCUCUGCCACUUUGCCAGAGUUCAAUGUUCCAGUAAACUUGUAUCAAAGAGGUCUACUUUGCAUUGAAAUCAUGAGCUCACCCAAUACAUGGCUGAAUAAGGCAGCGGCAAGAACACAGGAAAGCUUUCAGACGUCGACCGAAAAAUGCUUUAGAAUGGAUAGUUGUGUUGUGAAUAUAACAUGCAUGCUUGCUCCUCUAUACGGAGAAAAUGAAGCAGACGCACGUGCAUGUGCAUUGUGCACUAUUAUGUCAUGAAUGGUGUGUUGUUAUUAAUUGGAGUUUGCUACGAUCAAUUCCUCUUCAAAUUGGAUAUUGGAAUUCAGUUCAAUCAAUGGGGGCUGCCAUCUUAAUUACAAUAGUACUAUAGUAACAUAAAUGUGGUGAUAACAUACAUUUAACACGUGCUCUAUCAGCGUUAUGCGUACUUGAGCAGAUGAGUCUGUGUGUACAGAACUAUGUUCAGUAUCAGCCCUCUGAAUCCUUUUAAAAGGUUCCGGAAUGGAUACCACUUCUCCGUCAGAACCUUCCUGUUGGGGGAACUGGAGGACCAGGGUUGGGAAACACUGUUGGGGGAACUGGAGGACCAGGGUUGGGAAACACUGUAGGGGGAACUGGAGGACCAGGGUUGGGAAACACUGUGCCAAAUGACUGCUGGGGGUACUGGAGGACCAGGGUUGGGAAACACUGUUGGGGGUACUGGAGGACCAGGGUUGGGAAACGCUGUUGGGGGGUACUGGAGGACCAGGGUUGGGAAACACUGUUGGGGGUACUGGAGGACCAGGGUUGGGAAACGCUGUUGGAGGUACUGGAGGACCAGGGUUGGGAAACACUGUUGGGGGGUACUGGAGGACCAGGGUUGGGAAACACUGUUGGGGGUACUGGAGGACCAGGGUUGGGAAACACUGUUGGGGGGUACUGGAGGACCAGGGUUGGGAAACACUGUUGGGGGUACUGGAGGACCAGGGUUGGGAAACGCUGUUGGGGGUACUGGAGGACCAGGGUUGGGAAACACUGUUGGGGAUACUGGAGGACCAGGGUUGGGAAACGCUGUUGGGGGUACUGGAGGACCAGGGUUGGGAAACGCUGUUGGGGGUACUGGAGGACCAGGGUUGGGAAACGCUGUUGGGGGAACUGGAGGACCAGGGUUGGGAAACGCUGUUGGGGGUACUGGAGGACCAGGGUUGGGAAACGCUGUUGGGGGUACUGGAGGACCAGGGUUGGGAAACACUGUAGGGGGAACUGGAGGACCAGGGUUGGGAAACGCUGUGCCAAAUGACUGCUGGGGGUACUGGAGGACCAGGGUUGGGAAACGCUGUGCUAAAUGCUAAAUUACUAAAACGUAAACAUUGUUUUUGUAAUAGUAUAACCUCCUGUAGCCUCAUCAACAGUCAUGUUGUCACCCCACGCUCUACAUCCAUGCAGAACGUGCCAGCUCCAAUCCCGAACCAACGAAUCUCAACUGGCGAUUGAUUUACAUUUCUCACCCCUAGCCCUGUUGAAGUUUCAGCCCAAUCGAGGUCAUUUAUAACCUUGGGCAGUAAAUGACCUACCAACUCCAUUGAUCUCAGACUGUGGCCUCUCUAUGACAGAAACCAAUCCCAGCCCCAACACACUGCUAGGCUGAUAGUGAAUACAACAAAUAAUUCACAGAGGGGGAGUUGAACAACAACAGUAACAUCAUGCAGGUUUAAAGCUUAUGCUCAAGCGUUCUACAUAUUGUGAAGAGAAACAGGGAGCAUAGUUGGUCUAAUGUACAACUUAGCAGACACUUUUAUCCACUGAACCAAUCCCAAAUCGACCCCAAAGCUCUACACCAGGGUUGCCCAACCCUGUUCCUGGAGAGCUACCCUCCUGUAGGUUUUUGCUCCAACCCCAGGUGUUACUAAUCCUAUUCAUUUUAUCAACCUGCUAAUUAUUAGAAUCAGGUGUGCUAGAUUAGGGUUGGUGCGAGAACCUACAGGACGGUAGCUCUCCAGGAACAGGGUUGGAGCGAGAACCUACAGGACGGUACCUCUCCAGGAACAGGGUUGGAGUUAACCUACAGGACGGUAGCUCUCCAGGAACAGGGUUGGAGUUAACCUACAGGACGGUAGCUCUCCAGGAACAGGGUUGGAGCGAGAACCUACAGAACGGUAGCUCUCCAGGAACAGGGUUGGAGCAAGAACCUACAGGACGGUAGCUCUCCAGGAACAGGGUUGGAGUGUAAACCUACAGGACGGUAGCUCUCCAGGAACAGGGUUGGAGCGAGAACCUACAGGACGGUAGCUCUCCAGGAACAGGGUUGGAGUUAACCUACAGGACGGUAGCUCUCCAGGAACAGGGUUGGAGUUAACCUACAGGACGGUAGCUCUCCAGGAACAGGGUUGGAGCGGAAACCUACAGGACGGUAGCUCUCCAGGAACAGGGUUGGAGCAAGAACCUACAGGACUGUAGCUCUCCAGGAACAGGGUUGGAGUUAACCUACAGGACGGUAGCUCUCCAGGAACAGGGUUGGAGUUAACACCUACAGGACGGUAGCUCUCCAGGAACAGGGUUGGAGUGAAAACCUACAGGACGGUACCUCUCCAGGAACAGGGUUGGAGUUAACACCUACAGGGCGGUAGCUCUCCAGGAACAGGGUUGGAGUUAACCUACAGGACGGUAGCUCUCCAGGAACAGGGUUGGAGCGAGAACUCCAGGAACAGGGUUGGAGCGAAAACCUACAGGACGGUAGCUCUCCAGGAACAGGGUUGGAGCGAGAACUCCAGGAACAGGGUUGGAGUUAACCUACAGGACGGUAGCUCUCCAGGAACAGGGUUGGAGCGAGAACUCCAGGAACAGGGUUGGAGUUAACCUACAGGACGGUAGCUCUCCAGGAACAGGGUUGGAGCGAGAACUCCAGGAACAGGGUUGGAGCGAAAACCUACAGGACGGUAGCUCUCCAGGAACAGGGUUGGAGUUAACCUACAGGACGGUAGCUCUCCAGGAACAGGGUUGGAGUUAACCUACAGGACGGUAGCUCUCCAGGAACAGGGUUGGAGUUAACCUACAGGACGGUAGCUCUCCAGGAACAGGGUUGGAGUUAACCUACAGGACGGUAGCUCUCCAGGAACAGGGUUGGGGUUAACCUACAGGACGGUAGCUCUCCAGGAACAGGGUUGGAGUUAACCUACAGGACGGUAGCUCUCCAGGAACAGGGUUGGAGCGGAAACCUACAGGACGGUAGCUCUCCAGGAACAGGGUUGGAGUUAACCUACAGGACGGUAGCUCUCCAGGAACAGGGUUGGAGUUAACCUACAGGACGGUAGCUCUCCAGGAACAGGGUUGGAGUUAACCUACAGGACGGUAGCUCUCCAGGAACAGGGUUGGAGUUAACCUACAGGACGGUAGCUCUCCAGGAACAGGGUUGGGGUUAACCUACAGGACGGUAGCUCUCCAGGAACAGGGUUGGAGUUAACCUACAGGACGGUAGCUCUCCAGGAACAGGGUUGGAGCGGAAACCUACAGGACGGUAGCUCUCCAGGAACAGGGUUGGAGUUAACCUACAGGACGGUAGCUCUCCAGGAACAGGGUUGGAGUUAACCUACAGGACGGUAGCUCUCCAGGAACAGGGUUGGAGUUAACCUACAGGACGGUAGCUCUCCAGGAACAGGGUUGGAGUUAACCUACAGGACGGUAGCUCUCCAGGAACAGGGUUGGAGUUAACCUACAGGACGGUGGCUCUCCAGGAACAGGGUUGGAGUUAACCUACAGGACGGUAGCUCUCCAGGAACAGGGUUGGAGUUAACCUACAGGACGGUAGCUCUCCAGGAACAGGGUUGGAGUUAACCUACAGGACGGUAGCUCUCCAGGAACAGGGUUGGAGUUAACCUACAGGACGGUAGCUCUCCAGGAACAGGGUUGGAGUUAACCUACAGGACGGUAGCUCUCCAGGAACAGGGUUGGAGUUAACCUACAGGACGGUAGCUCUCCAGGAACAGGGUUGGAGUUAACCUACAGGACGGUAGCUCUCCAGGAACAGGGUUGGAGUGAAAACCUACAGGACGGUAGCUCUCCAGGAACAGGGUUGGAGUUAACCUACAGGACGGUAGCUCUCCAGGAACAGGGUUGGAGUUAACCUACAGGACGGUAGCUCUCCAGGAACAGGGUUGGAGUUAACCUACAGGACGGUAGCUCUCCAGGAACAGGGUUGGAGUUAACCUACAGGAUGGUAGCUCUCCAGGAACAGGGUUGGGAGUUAACCUACAGGACGGUAGCUCUCCAGGAACAGGGUUGGAGUUAACCUACAGGACGGUAGCUCUCCAGGAACAGGGUUGGGAGUUAACCUACAGGAUGGUAGCUCUCCAGGAACAGGGUUGGGAGUUAACCUACAGGACGGUAGCUCUCCAGGAACAGGGUUGGGAGUUAACCUACAGGACGGUAGCUCUCCAGGAACAGGGUUGGAGUUAACCUACAGGACGGUAGCUCUCCAGGAACAGGGUUGGAGUUAACCUACAGGACGGUAGCUCUCCAGGAACAGGGUUGGAGUUAACCUACAGGACGGUAGCUCUCCAGGAACAGGGUUGGAGUUAACCUACAGGACGGUAGCUCUCCAGGAACAGGGUUGGGAGUUAACCUACAGGACGGUAGCUCUCCAGGAACAGGGUUGGAGCGAGAACUCCAGGAACAGGGUUGGAGUUAACCUACAGGACGGUAGCUCUCCAGGAACAGGGUUGGGGUUAACCUACAGGACGGUAGCUCUCCAGGAACAGGGUUGGAGUGAACCUACAGGACGGUAGCUCUCCAGGAACAGGGUUGGGCAGUCCUGCUCUACACCCGACACACUUGUGGAGAUCUGAGAGGAUUUGACAGCUGCAAUCAAUCUGGUAGUAGCUCCACCUUGCCCUCUGAUUGGCUAAGUGGAAGUUUCACCAUAUUGCUUAUACCAAUCAAAUCCUCUCAUACUGUAUCUCCACAAGUGCAUAGGGGUCGGUUUGGGAUUGGGCCUUACAGUGUAGAUGGCCAUCUUUCCAACCUCCCCUCUUUCAUUGGCUAUUUCCAUCCCUCCUCUGCUUCCUUCUCAAAACAGGAAGUGGAUACCUAGUCAGUUGUACAACUGAAUGUAUUCAACUGAAAUGUGUCUUCAGUAUUUAACCCAACCCCUCUGAAUCAGAGCGGUGCAGGGGGGGAUUACCUUAAUCAACGUCCACAACGAGCAGUUGUUGUUGGGGGUUAACUGCCUUGCUCAAGGGCAGAAUGGCAGAUUUUUCCACCUUGCCGGCAUGGGGAUUUCAAACCAGCGACCUUUCAGUUACUGGCCCAAUGUUCUUAGCUGCAAGGCUACCGGCCGCCCCGUUGGAGACGAAGGUCAGAGGGGAGGUCCUUCUUCUCCCGUAUGGUUGAGAAGGAGGUAUCGGAGAUAGGAUGGGGGAAUCACCUUCCUCUUUCUUCCCUCCCAGGUGCCCAUGUGAACCCUGCUGUCUCCCUGGCCAUGGUGAUCCUGGGAAAACUCAAGUUCUAUAAGUUCCCCGUCUAUGUCGUGGCCCAGUUCCUCGGUGCUUUCUCUGGAGCUGCUGCAGUGUUUGGGCUGUAUUACGGUGAGUAGUAUGACCCAGGUCUGCAUUCUGUUUCUGCAGUGUUUGGGCUGUAUUACGGUGAGUAGUAUGACCCAGGUCUGCAUUCUGUUUCUGCAGUGUUUGGGCUGUAUUAUGGUGAGUAGUAUGACCCAGGUCUGCAUUCUGUUACGCACAUUGAAAAAUAACAACAGGAGCUUGACAGUACAAUGAUCCACUGCAUGCAAUAACGGAAUGCCCGCUCACUGUUUGCUGCUGCCAAUUCAAAUCACAUUUAUUUUAUCAAGCCCUUUUUACAUCAGCAGUUGUCACAAAAUGCUUUACAGAUACCCAGCCUAAUGUGGUUAUUGAAUAGCUUACUGUGAUACAACAAACAACACAUUGCUGCAUUCUGCUAUGGUCCGUUACUGCAGUUGAUGACCAAAUUCACAUUGAACCGUUCCAACAGAUUGCACGUGUUUAAAAGCCUUGUGGCGUAUUGUAACCCAUCAGGUCAACUGGUCUAUCUCAUAUCAACUUCACUCAAAAACAAACAUAUUUUAUAUGUCUGUUGUUAUGGACUGUUGUUACGGACUGCUGUUCUGAACUGUUGUUAUGGACUGUUGUUAUGGACUGCUGUUCUGAACUGUUGUUAAGAGCCGCUGUUAUGAACUGUUGUUAUGGACUGUUGUUAUGGACUGUUGUUAAGAGCCGCUGUUAUGAACUGUUGUUAUGGACUGUUGUUAUGGACUGUUGUUAUGGACUGUUGUUAUGGAAUGUUGUUCUGAACUGUUGUUAUGAACUGUUGUUAUGAACUGUUGUUAAGAACCGCUGUUAUGAACUGUUGUUAUGGACUGCUGUUAUGAACUGUUGUUAAGAACCGCUGUUAUGAACUGCUGUUAUGAACUGUUGUUAUGAACUGCUGUUCUGAACUGCUGUUCUGAACUGCUGUUCUGAACUGUUGUUAUGGACUAUUGUUAUGGACUGUUGUUA